AUGUUACUUCCAGAGAUUAUCAAUGUGCUGAUCCCCGCCUCUAUCUGCACUCCCCGAAAGCAGCUGGAUGUGGGCAGCUUACGAGUUUCUCUGUUGGCUACAGAAUUGCUCAUCCGUGAAGACGCAUAUCACUUGCUGCCCAUUGAGACUGCUGCUCUCCAACUGGGUCUGACAGAGGAUCUACGCCCCGGUGAACCAACAAUAGUUCCAGGCCACUUUUUCUGGGGCAACGCCAAGCAGUUUGGAUCUAAUGCAUUGGCAUUUCUACAGGACGCUAAAGAGAAAUAUGGCGACGUUGUCACUAUCAGAAUGCUCGACAAGUACUGGACCAUCAUGCUGGACGUGUCAAGCUACGAAGCCUUCAACAACGAGAGGAACUUCUCUUUCUCCCCCGUGAAAGCCAUGAUCAACACCAACGUGUUCAGCUACACUCUGCAGCAGCACGAGAAGGUCAUCGCCAAGAUCUCCAACCACCUCAACGGAGUGGCUCUGUACUCCGCCUUUGAAGAGUUCGUGAAGAGCUUGACCCGAGUUGUCUCCGAGACGGAAGAGCACGUGAAGACGACCAACACCUUGGACGGGCAGACGCCGCAGUUGUUGGACAAGGACAGCGUCAUGACGAUGAAGAAAACGGACGAGAAACUCACGGGGGUCAAAGGGUUCAAGGACGUACUACAAGACGACUGGUGCGAGGAAGGUCUGCAGAAGGUCGUAGCCAAAGUUUUCUUCAACUCACAGUUCUACUCCUUUAUCGGCCGUCCAGAGCCCGGAAGCAAGAGCAAUGUGAACCCAGACUACUUCUUCGAUGUUUACAACGAGUUCCACGAUUACUUCUACCAUCUGUUCGCCGGGCUGCCCAUCCAGAUCUUCCCGACUGCGGGGAAAGCGAGAGACAAGCUCCACGCAUCUUUGGACAUCCCCGAGAUCUUGCGGAGACCUGACAGCAGCGAAUACAUCAAGAAAGCCACGGAGUUCAUCCUGGCGAAUGGGCAAACAGAAUCCGACUGCCGUAACCACAUCCUGUCCCUGUUCCACGUGAUGUUCAACAACCUGGGGGCUGGCUUCUGGUGCCUCUACCUGCUCAUGCACGACAAAGCAGCGAGGAAAUCCGUUCUGAAAGAGCUUGAGGAUGCUGUGGAGACCAAGAGAGUGGAAGGUCAUGACGGAGGGAGCGUGGCGGAGUUCACUGUGGAAGACAUCAACAAACUGUCUUAUCUUGGUGAGUUGUAUACUUAUCACCUCCGUAUGUCUACCUUCAAGUACGACCGCUUCAUGAACAACCCCGACUUCUACAAGGACGGGAAGAAGCUCCGCCAGAGCACCUUCGGCUUCGGUACCCUGUGCCCCGCCCAGAAGAUGAGCAUGCUGCAGCUCAAGUGGUUCACCAUGGUGAUGGUCAACAACUUCAAGAUGGAACUGGUCGACGGGGACACCGCUGAGCUGGACGUGACCAAAUAUGGCAACGAGGUCAUCCCGCCUACCAAUGACGUGAGGAUCAGGAUGAAGCCCAAGGAGGGAGCUGUCAGACUGGAGAACAUCAACGCUCGCGUGCUCGCGGCUUAA